UCCCGAUCCCAAUCCCGAUCCCAGCCCGCUGUUGUGCCCCAUCUUGAUCCGCAGGGAUUAGUUCCGGUGAUAAACUAGGGAAGAAAUGUCACGCGUAGGACUAGGGCGGCGCCGUGCGGCUGAGGGACCCGUCAGUCUUGCUGUACCGGCACUGACUGAGACCAGCCAUGCGCGUGCUGGGUGUCCUCGUGGUGCUGUGCGUAGCCCUGGCCCAGGUGGAGCUCGCCUCCGUGCCGGCCAGCCGCCAUGCCGGCCACGCCCACGUGCUGCCCGGCGUGACCCGCCACAACACCUCGCAGCCGCUCAAGUUCUCCAGGCACGACAGGCACCGCCGGCCGCCGCCGCCCGUGCACCCCAACGCCCUGCGGGCCGUCAAGACGGAGUGGUUCGACCAGCUCCUCGACCACUUCGACAUCUCGAACGCGGCCACCUGGCAACAGCGCUACUUCUCCAACGACGCCCUGUACGAAGAGGACGGCCCCGUUUUCCUCUUCAUCGAGGGCGAGUCUGAGGCUCAAUCUGGCUGGAUCGCGCCGGGCGGCAGCUACAUGUACGAGCUGGCGCAGCUGUUCAAGGCCAGGAUGUACGUUCUGGAACAUCGUUUCUUCGGCAAGAGCAAGCCCACAAAGGACAUCAGUUCGGAGAACCUUAAGUUCCUGUCAUCCGACCAGGCGCUCGCCGACCUCGCCUACUUCAUCGAGUACCUGAUCGCCAAGGGCGAGAUGAAGCAGGGCCAGAAGUUGGCCGUGUUCGGCGGCUCCUACCCCGGCAACCUGGCCGCGUGGGCGCGACUCAAGUACCCGCACCUGGUGCACGCCGCCGUGGCCUCCAGCGCGCCCGUGCACGCCGAGGAGGACUUCAAGGAGUACAUGGAGGUGGUCUCCCAGUCCAUCCGGACGAUCGCCGGGAACGAGUGCGCCGACAACGUGAAGAAGGGCUUCGACCGCAUCAAGAAACUGUUGCUCACCACGGACGGGCUGACCACGAUUCAAAACACGUUCUACAUGUGCGACCCCCCAAACACGGCCAACAAGCUGGACAUGGACAUAUUCUACGAGAUCAUCGCCAACCCCUUCGCCGGCGCCUCGCAGUACAACCGCGACGGCAACUCCCAGUACAGCCUGAAGGCGCAGUGCCAGUACAUGGCCGGCGACUUGACGGAGGACGAGGCCGUGACGGCCCUGGGCAACGUGUUCUACGCGUCGCAGGGCUGGAUCUUCGGCUGCAUCGACUGGUCCUACAAGACCAACACCAAGUACCUGAGCGACGUCUCCUACUCAGACGGAAGCCGCCAGUGGGUGUACAUGACGUGCGCCAUGUUCGGGUACUUCCAGACCGCGGACGGAGACACCGUGUUCCCGAAGGGGUACUUCGACGUCCCCUACUUCGUUCAGCAGUGCAAGGAUGCUUUCGGGGAGAACUACAACGACGCCAUGGUUAAGAAGGGCGUCGAGCGCACCAACACGGUGUUCGGCUCCUGGAACCCCGACGUGGAGAACGUCAUGUUCGUCAACGGCAAGAUCGACCCCUGGCACGCACUCAGCGUCCUCGAAGACGUGAACGACAAGUCGCCUGCCGUCCUCAUCUCCAGCACCUCCCACUGCUACGACAUGUACGCCAACGACGCCGGCGACUCGGCCGAGCUCCGCGCGGCGCGCGACAAGAUCAAGCAGUUCGUCACGAACGCCCUGUACGAGGGCACCAACGGCGACAGCCCCACCCUGUCGCCCUGAGCCGUCGGCGCGGAGGGGGCGCGUCCGCGCAACCCUUUUAGGGCAAUAAAACAAUAAAACGUUA